AUGGCACAACCCUCCCAGCCCGCAUACCACUGUGUUUACGAUGUCCUUCCAAGCAGCAACGACCCUUCGCCUGAGCAGGCGCAGAGGGGAGAAAGAGAGAAGUUUGAUUUUGCGUUUAUUCAAGCGAAUAAGCAGGAUGAAUUGGCUUAUUUUUAUGCUGUGCUGGAUCUUGCUAGGGAGAGGGCGGUCAUUGCUGUUGAUAAUGUUGAGAGGGAUGGGAAGAUUGUGUCUGCUGAGGCGAUGGAGAAGGAUGAUCUGGUUAAGGGGACGGGUGAGUUGGUUGAGGCGACUGGGAAGAUGGAGGGGAUUGAGGCGACGGCCAUCCAGAGAGUUGGGGAGAAGAAUUAUGCCGGAUUUCUGGUUGCAAUAAAGAAUAAGGGGAUUACAAUCAACGAUCAACGAUCUACUUAG